AUGGACUUUGCACGGGUGCUUAACUCUGAGAUCGCUCGCAAGAAACGCGCUCUUCAGGAAGAGCAGACAUCAAAAAAGGCCAAGACAGUCUCCAGCCCAGAAGAAAUACGAGGCCUACCCAAAGCUGCUGACGAGAUUGCCAGCCAGACAGUGGAGGAGACAGACCCAGACACCACACAAUGUGAAAUUUCUGGCUCUGAAGCGCAGAGGAUCGACGCGCAAGAAGAGGGACUGGCCGAUAAAAAGAAUCUCGGAAAAACGUCCGACAAGCCACUGAGUGGACCUCAACCCGAGCCAGGCUCGUAUAUCAUAGAGAAAACCGAUAUUAGAGACAAUCAUGCCAUAGUGUCCCAACAAUGCCGCGACUACAUUAAGCAUCUCCUCAACAUCUGGGAGUCGAAAAAGGAUCAGCACACGAACGUGGAUCUGCUCGAAACCAAGAAGUGGCUGCUUCCCUUGCUUGUGCAGCUGAAGAAAAAAAGUCUGCCUCACGAUCAGCUGGUGAGCCUAGCCACAAUACUGUACAAUAUUCAACGCCAAAAAUACACAGACGCAAAUGAAGCAUAUCUACAGCUCAGCAUAGGAAAUGUGGCAUGGCCUAUAGGACUUAUCGACAUAGGAAUUCGUGUUCGAACAAACAACAUGAAGAUUGGUGAAGGCUCAAACACUAGCAAUAUCAUGAAGGACGAACGUACUCGGCAAUGGAUUCUAGCCGUUAAGAGGCUGCUUACAUUCUGUGAGCUGCACAAUGUCGUUUCAAACGAUUAG